GAUGAACUGGCCUCCGAUGUAGAGAGCCAGCUAAAAACAAAAGCCAAGGACUUUAUUUCAUAUUCACUAGCUGUAGAUGAGAGUACAGACAGGACGGACACAGCCCAGCUGUCCAUAUUCAUCCGCGGGGUUGACAGUCAGCUGUCCGUCACUGAGGAACUUUUAGACGUGAAACCGAUUCACGGGACAACAACGGGAAAGGAUAUUUUCACCCAAGUGGAGCAGAGCGUGAACAAGAUGGAGCUACCCUGGAGUAAACUUGUUGGACUGACAACGGAUGGUGCACCGGCGAUGUGCGGGGAAGUUCGGGGUUUGGUCGGUUUGACCCGAAAGGCGAUGGGGGACACAGGAGAAAACUUGGUAGUUUACCACUGCAUCAUCCACCAAGAAGCCCUCUGCGGUAAGGUGUUGGGCAUGGAACAUGUCAUGACUGUUGUGACUAAAACUGUGAACUUUAUUCGUGCACGGGGCUUGAAUCAUCGGCAGUUUAGGGCUCUUUUAGAGGAGGAGAACUCCGUGCAAGAGGAUCUGCCCUAUCACACAGAGGUGCGCUGGUUGAGUCGGGGGAAAGUGCUGAGGAGGUUUUACGACACCCGCACUGAGAUCGCUCGUUUCAUGGAAAGCAAACAGAGGCCCGUCCCCGAGCUUGAGAAUGAAAAGUGGCUGGGCGACUUGGCGUUUAUGUGUGACAUUACUGAGCACCUCAAUUCACUGAAUGUGAAACUCCAGGGAAGAAAGCAGCUGAUCACAGAGAUGUGGGACUCCGUGAAGGCAUUUGAACUGAAACUGCGUCUGUGGGAGGGGCAGAUGCGUAGAGGUAAUUUGACCCACUUUCCUACCUGUCAAACAAUAAGCGCCACCGUCACCAUUCCACGCCCGACCCAAGUGUAUGCUGACAAACUGAACACACUCAAAGAGGAAUUCAGCAGGAGGUUUGCUGAUUUUGAAUCACAGAAAUUCAACAUUGACCUGUUCGCAAAUCCUUUUGCAAUUGAUGUCGACACUGCCCCUGAGCACCUGCAAUUGGAACUCAUUGAACUGCAAUGUAACAGCGCUCUGAAGACCCAGUACCAGUCAGUCGGGGCUGCUGAGUUUGCACCUCUCCUCCCUGAAUCUGUGCCAGAGUUGCGUCUUCAUGCUGCAAACAUCAUGUCCAUGUUCGGGAGCACUUACUCGUGCGAACAGAUGUUCUCUAUAAUGAACUUGAAUAAGACAUCCCACAGAUCCCGGAUCACUGACCAGCAUCUGACGUCGGUAUUGAAAGUGGCCACAGCAAAGGACAUUAAGCCUAGAAUAGAUAAGAUCAUCUGUAAGAAAAGGUGCAGAGUGUCUGGUAAAAGUUAAACUACAAUGCAUUUCAGAUAGGCCUUGUUGCACUGACUAUUUUGUGUUAUCACAGAAAACAUUUGUUGUGUUGAAAGAUACAGUAGUAGUCCUAAUGGUUUUGUUUAAUUGUGAACUAUUUUGUUAUAAACUGAACCUACUGUAGGCUAGACUGCUAAUGUAGUUUGUUUAA